AUGAAUAUUAAUCAAUUUUAUCAACAACCUGCCAAACCACAAAAAAUGAAGCUACAAGAUAUUGAUGCUCGUCGAUUGAUUUUAUUCAAUUUACCGACGGAUAUUAUUCGAGAAUAUUUGGAACUUUAUAUUGAAAAUUUAACAAAUGAAGCUGAAAUUGAACGAAUUGAUUAUAGUAAUGAAUGUGAUACGACAGUUAUGGUCACAUUUAAACAGGAAUUAGGUCUGAUUCGAAUGAUUUUUUUUAUAUAUUCAUAUAGCGUGACAUGUUUAUUUGUGCAUUUAGAUCUUCAAGAGGCCAAACGUCGUCAUUCAACACGUCCAAAAUUAAAUAAUAAUGAAAUAUCGAUUAGUGACGUCUAUAUUCCAUCCACAAUCAUGAUUCGUAAUUUACCAGAUGAUAUUUCAAAAGAUGUUCUUGAAUUAUAUUUUUCAAAUAAAAAGCGCAGUGAUGGUGGAGAAGUGAAAGAAGUGAAAUUAGAUCAAGAAAAUCAACAUGCACUUGUCACAUUCAAAGAUUCAAAAGGUACGUCUUAUCAAACGUUUUCAUUCUUCUAG